AUGGCAGCCAGGGACAGGUUAUUAGAACUUUUAAACGAUAUCCAGCGCCAUGGUGAAUUUGAUGACAUCCAGGAAGAUUUCGGAACCAACGAAGACAACGGUCCGGAAAUGGCGCCAAAUGACACAGAGGAUGUAGAUAAUACUGGCAUAUCACUGAAGGAUGGGAUACUUGGUGUGGGGUUUGCUUUCCUAUUGAUGGCAGUGAUCACAGUUGGGGUGUACAUCCACAGUUUUCCCGCCAAUGUCAUCCUACCAUUUGAGGAAGUUGAACAGGUGAGUAUGAUAUGCCGACCCAGGUCAAGAGAGGAAGUGUACCAAAACAGAACAAUUUCGAAAAUCAAUGUGCAUAGAACUCUUUGCACCUUCAAUAUAUUCCAUUACGACUUAAGAAAUAGAAACAAGACAUAUUUUGCACUUGACGUAGACAUUGAUAUAGGAAAUGCAUAUGGUGUCGGCAAAGUUGGAAAGUUAUUUACGAUCAAACUAUUUCACUUAAACAAACAACGUGACACACAUCAUAAGCAACGUAACAUAUACUGGUCUGUUUCUUGGUGCUAUGAACUCUAUAGAAAAGAACUUGCCUUAUGUCUGAAUGACAUCAACUACAAGACCGAGACAACAGUGUCACAAAAGCUCAUCAGCACUGUAAGCAUGGGAGAGAAGAAACGCGUUUCGUUUCUUUUUCUAGUUGAUAACAUUCGAAAAAUUAUGGAUAUCUUUUCACCAAUAGUUCUGUGGAAGGAUAUUGUUUUUCUCGAACAUUACUACGAGCAACGCUCUCUAAGUGUCUGGAUUUCACUUGCCGAUUCAAAUAAUGAUAAAUACGUAUCAGCCAAAAUAAGAAGUGGAACCAGUGUUAAAAUAGGCGAUCUACCAAACCCAGCGAUCGUUUCAAACUACGAGAUUAUCAAAGGUGUGAUGACAUAUCCAUUCCGCAGCCUUUUUGAUUAUCUUUGGGCAACACCGAGACUUAGUCUCACUGACGAAGAAAUUCAAGGAAAGGAGAAAAUGUAUCCAUAA